AUGCACGUAAAGCGUUUAGCACAGUACCCGACACACUACUGGAAUGAUGCUGAGCUACAUUUGGGCAUCAUUUGGCAUCUGGACUCAAUAAUUUCCAAAGCCCUGAAAUUGCUCACAGAUAACAUGCAGGUGACAUUCUGCAGACUCCGAACUCACCAGUGGUGUUUCAUUCUAUCUAAUGUUAUCCUAUUUCAUGCCUUGCUUUUUGGGGCUGAUUUUAUGGAAGAAUACUUUCUGCAUGCUUUGCCGUAUGUAGAUAUGAAAGUUCUUGAAAUAAAGGAUAAAGCAAGAAAAUUGAACGUGGAACCCCUAAGAAGUAAUCUUUCCAAAUAUUAUAUCCUGAGCCAGUCGGAGGUGUGUAAAGGGAAGAAUAUAUUUUUACUUUCUCUUAUCUUCAGUAGCCCAGGAAAUGGAACAAGGCGGGACCUCAUCAGGAAAACCUGGGGUAACGUGACCAGCGUCCAAGGGCACCACAUUCUCACACUGUUUGCUUUGGGAAUGCCUGUUUUGGUAACUACCCAGCAAGAGAUAGACAAAGAGUCCCAUAAGAAUAAUGAUAUAAUUGAAGGAAUCUUCUUGGACAGCUCUAAGAACCAAACCCUGAAGAUCAUCACAAUGAUGCAAUGGGCUGUGACUUUCUGCCCUAAUGCCCUAUUCAUUCUCAAGGUUGAUGAAGAGAUGUUUGUCAAUCUACCAAGCUUGGUAGACUAUCUUCUCAAUCUGAAAGAACACUUUGAGGAUAUCUAUUUAGGAAGAGUUAUCCAUCAGGAUACACCCAACAGAGACCCUAAUAAUCAAGAAUUUGUUCCUUUUAGCGAGUACCAAGAAGAGUAUUACCCAGAUUACUGCAGCAGUGAGGCCUUUAUUAUGUCCCAAGAUGUGGCUCGGAUGAUGUAUGUGGUUUUCAAAGAAGUACCCAUUAUGGUUCCUGCUGAUGUGUUUGUAGGGAUUUGUGCCAAGGCCAUUGGCCUUAUUCCCAUCCACAGUUCAAGGUUUUCUGGGAAAAAGCACAUCAGAUACAACAGAUGUUGCUAUAAGUUCAUUUUUACGUCCUCAGAAACUACAGAUGCUGAAAUGCCCCUGGCAUGGAAGGAAAUUAGCAGUGGGAAAGAAUGUACCCUGUUUGAGACUUACUACGGGCUCAUUUCCUGCAAACUUCUGACAUACCUUGACAGCUUUAAACGUUUUCACUUGAGUACCAUGAAAAACAAUGGCAUGUAUUUUGGUGAUUAG